GAUCAGUGUGGGAAGGAUUUUACUAGUAAGGGUUCAUUAAAAAAUCAUCAAGUCAUCCACACUGGAGAGAAGCACUUCAGCUGUGACUUGUGUGGAAAGUCUUUUACCCUGGCUGGAAACUUAAAAAUGCACCAACUUAUCCACACUGGAGAGAAGCCGUUCAGCUGUGACUUGUGUGGAAAGUCUUUUACCCAGGCUGGAAACUUAAAAAUGCACCAACUUAUCCACACUGGAGAGAAGCCGUUCAGCUGUGACUUGUGUGGAAAGUCUUUUACCCUGGCUGGACACUUAAAAACGCACCAACUCAUCCACAGUGGAGAGAAGCCGUUCAGCUGUGACUUGUGUGGAAAGUCUUUUGCCCUGGCUGGAAAUUUAAAAGGACACCAACUCAUCCACAGUGGAGAGAAGCCGUACAGAUGUGAUCAGUGUGGCAGAGCUUUUAAUCGCAGUAGCCACUUAAUGAGUCAUCAAGUUACCCACUCUGGAAUUAAGGCAUACAGCUGUGACUAUUGUGGAAAAACUUUCAGUCAGCUAGGGUACAGAAAUGCACACCUACGCAUUCACACUGGACAUGAUGUGUACAGCUGUGAUCAGUGUGGGAAAAAGUGUGGAACAGAUGCACAGUUACAACGCCACAUGUUUACCCACACUGAGGAGAGACCUCAUAAAUGUGACCUGUGUGAUAAGACUUUUAAAACUCCACAGCACCUGAGAUCACACCAACAGAUCCACAGCAGAAAGAGACUCUACAAGUGCAGUUACUGUGAGAAGCAGAGCCACACAGAUGGAUCCAGUUCUCAACCCUGUCAUCGCUGUGGUGGUGGGAAAGCGUUUCGCUGUGACCUUUGUGGGAAAACUUUCAGUCAUCAAGUGAGCCUAAAAAUACAUCAGCGUAGACACACUGGACACAAACUGAAGUACUGCAAAGAAUGUGGGAGAAGCUUCACCACAACAGGUGCAAUAAAACGUCAUGAACUCAUCCACAGUGGGGUUAAAAAGCACCUCUGUGACCAGUGUGGGUCAUCCUUCAUCACUGCAGGUGUCCUUAAAGCGCAUAAACGAGUCCACACAGGAGAGAAACCAUACAAGUGUAGACACUGUGACAAAAGCUUCUCAUGUUCAGGUAAUCGUACCUUUCAUGAAAGUACACACACUGAACACACUGAAGGGAACUACAGCUGUGACCAGUGUGACAAGAGCUUCAGGAAUCUCACUUCAUACUCCCAACAC